AUGGAGCUCGAAACGAUACUUCGAAAGUAUGUUGUAGUAGAUAAAUCAGAAGAAAAAUCGACAGAAAAUGAGCAGAAAGAAGAUGAAUAUUUCCAAAAAAUUUAUGAACAAUGGAAGGGCACCAAAGCUAAAGAUAAGGACUUAACUUAUAAAGUGAUUCCCAAAUUUUAUUUUAAGUUGCCAAAAGAAGAUGAAAUUCUACCACAGAAAUUACGAGAAGAAACAAGAGCAUUAUUUUUGCAAAGACGUUCCCGACAAUUGCUAGAUAACAAUGAAUUGAAAGCAUUAUGGGUAUUAUUAGACAAACACCAUAGUCCUCCAAUAUCAGGUGAUGAACAGUUGAUAAAUUAUGAAGAUUUUAAGAAAGUUGGUAAAUUGGCAGGUGCAAAGUGUAGUCCAUAUUUUACUGCAGUUGUAUUUGCUAAAUUACAACAAGGCGAUCCUCAUGGUAGAAUAAGCAUAAUGGCAUUAUUUAAUUAUGUUAUGAGGAAAGUAUGGUUACAUCAAACAAGAAUUGGAUUGUCUUUGUAUGAUGUUACUGGUCAAGGCUAUCUGAGAGAAUCUGAUUUAGAGAACUAUAUAUUAGAGUUAAUACCAACUCUACCUCAGCUUGAAGGGCUAGAAAAAUCUUUUCAUUCAUUUUAUGUCUGCACAGCAGUGAGAAAGUUCUUGUUUUUUCUUGACCCCCUCAGAACUGGUAGAGUUAGAAUACAAGAUAUUUUGGCAUGUAGUUUUCUUGAUGAUCUUCUAGAAUUAAGGGACGAGGAUUUACCUAAAGAUUUGCAAGAAGCAAAUUGGUUUUCAGCCCCGUCGGCACUUAAAGUUUAUGGACAGUAUUUAAAUCUUGACAGAGAUCAUAAUGGAAUGCUCAAUAAAGAAGAACUUGCAGGGUAUGGGACAGGAACCUUAACUGGAGUGUUUCUUGAAAGGGUAUUUCAAGAAUGCUUAACUUAUGAGGGGGAAAUGGAUUACAAAACAUACCUAGAUUUUGUUCUAGCAUUGGAAAAUCGGCAUGAACCACAAAGCUUGCAUUAUUUAUUUCGAAUUCUGGAUAUUAAUAAUCGUGGUUAUCUGGACACCUUUUGUCUUAAUUAUUUUUUCCGUGCUAUACAAGAACAAAUGACAAUGCAUGGUCAAGAGCCAGUGAGUUUUGAGGAUGUUAAAGAUGAAAUAUUUGAUAUGGUAAAGCCUGCAGAUCCUUGUAAAAUUACGUUGCAGGAUUUACUAUCGUGUGGUCAGGGUGAUACAAUGGUCAGUAUUUUAAUAGAAUUCCAUGGAUUUUGGGCAUAUGAGAAUCGUGAGGCCAUGGCAGCUGAUACUGGUGAUGAAUCAUCGCAUCAAAUUACUAUGUGUACUAUAAUCUUUUAA